UUCCUCUCGCCGUACUCCUCCUCUUCCCUGUGUGUCAGUGACUGGGAGCUCCUCCGUCCAAGCUGCCGCUCCUCUCACCGGCUCCCGGGCAGCAGGAAGUGGAGGUGCUGGGUGACAAGGAAUCCAGGGAUCUUCCAAAAUGGAUAUGGAUCUUAAAGGAGAGAACAGGACUAACAUUUCUUCUGUGCCCCUGUCUAGUACAGUAGACCGAAAUUCUCCAUUAAAAGUAGAAUCUGAAAAACCUCGUUGCUCUAGCACGCCUUGUUCCCCAAUUCGUAGAACUGUUUCAGGUUAUCAGAUACUUCACAUGGAUUCCAAUUACCUGGUUGGCUUUACAACAGGAGAGGAGCUUAUAAAACUAGCUCACAAAUGUGCAACCACAGAAGAGAAUUCUGGGGAAACUCUACCAACAUUUCGUGCCAAGCAACAUGACUCUGGACUCUCUCGCUCAUCUCGGAUAUACAAAGCUAAAGGUCGACACUAUCAGCCAUAUGAAAUUCCUUCGAUCAAUGGGAGAAGGAGAAGACGAAUGCCAAGUUCAGGCGAUAAGUGCAAUAAAGUUAUUCCUUAUGAGUCUUACAAGGCGGCACACGGCCCUUUGCCACUUUGCCUUCUUAAGGGUAAGAGAAUGCAUUCAAAGUCUUUGGACUACCUCAACCUAGAUAAGAUGAACAUCAAGGAGUCAGCAGAUACUGAAGUUUUGCAGUACCAACUUCAGCAUCUCACACUUAGAGGUGACCGUGUCUUUGCGAGGAAUAAUACAUGAAUAAGAAGUCUGCUUUGUUUGGCACCUGUCUUGUUGCAUAUAGGAAAACGAUUUUGAGAAACGACAUCUGUGCUACACGUGUACGGCUUGGUCUACAUUAGUGGCACCUGGGAAUGACUUCUCGAUUUAAAUCGCUUGAUCCUAAGCAGCAGAAGAUACACCACUUGGUUGGAAAGGCUGGUUCGUGUGAAUCUGAUUUCUAGCCAUUUCUAACUUGAAGGAAGAAGACCUUUAUAUCCUAGAAUUACUAUGGAUUACAAUGAGAUAAUUAUUUAAUUUGUGAAUGAUUUACAUUUAUAAGGACUUAAUCACUUAUAGCUAAAAAAAAUUGUUUUCUUGACUAUUCCUUUAGAUUAAAUAUGUUGUGUUUGAUGAAUUUUAGAUUAAUCAAUGACUGACCCUGGUUUGUAAAUACGUCAGGAUUUAGAUACUGAACACAGUUGUAAGUAUUUUGUUUUGUUGCUCAUUUUCAGAAUGUCUUCAAAUGUAUAUAUUAGUUUUAAUAUAUAGCUGGAUCAAUAUAUAGUCAGUACUUGACAUUUGAUCUCUGGAAUCAAAUUCAAUAUGAAUUUAAUGGCUAUCUGCUUUAUAUAUAUAUAUUUCCCUUUUAAGCCCAGGGCAAGUUACAUGUUUACCAUAUUUUUAAUAUUUAAUUUAAAUUGCAACUGAUAAUUGAGGAAAUUAAGCAAUAUUUAUAUUUUUUUGAUUAGUUUGCCAGUGCUUGAGCAUACUAGCAAAAUGUUAAAUGCAGUAAGUCUCCAAUAGCGUGUAUGUCAGAAAGUACCAAUAUAGAGUGAAUUUAUUUAAGGUAAAUGCAGUAAACACUAAUGGUAAGAAAAUUUGCUAUAUUGCUGUAUUUUCCUCUCUCUCUCUCUCAGCUGUGGCCUUUAAUAGGGCAUUGUGCAACUUGUAGUAACCCAACCAGGCAAUGCCAAAACCAUUCAAGCAGAACUGCUAAAAUCUGGCUGUGAUAGAUAACUGUAUGUCUUUUACCCUUUUUUUACAGUGGUGCUUACUGUAUUUAUGAAAAGUGCUCUUUGGCUGCCAACUGAAAUCAGCUUUGUGUGUAUUUAAACUCCAAAUAUGUUUCAAUAGGUUUAGCAUCAUGCUUCACUGUAUACAUUUUUUUUUUUUACUAAGCAAAUAAUUUUUUGAAUGAAGAAAGUUUCUUACCUGGGGAUAUUGCCAGUAACAGCAUUUCCUGUUGCAGGAGGUUAUUAUUAAGCGCAUUGACCUCUCUCCCCAAACCCCUUCCCCCCCCCCCCCCCACUGUAUAGUGUCCUGCCUUGGAUUUAUGUUGACUGUUAAAUGUGCAUCAUACAAAAAAUAUAUAUGGUAAAAUUUGACUUUUGAGGAACAACAUUUUACAUAAAAAUAUUUUUUUUAUUAAUUCAUGCUUAUAAAUUGCAUAAGCAUCAUUAUAUAUAAAAAUAUUAUAACAUCUGAAUACAAAACAAUAAAAAACAUUUUGACAAUGCAGUGCAUCAUAUCCAAAAAUAGUGAGCUUUUGUGAUCUGACACGUUUCCUGGACUUGUCAGGUGUCAUUAAUAUAUUUAUGCACAAACAGCUGUGUUAAAUGCAGUAGUUUCCUUUUCUUGUUUAAGUCCCCUUUCUAUACGAGGCGGAUCCGUUCAGUGGAGUUCCCCA